AUGCCGAAAAAAUACACCUGUAAAUUUGAGAAAGGUAAGUUAACGAAUUUUGUAUGAAUUGUUGUGAUUUUUAGGUAUAAUGGGAGACAGUGGAGUCCAAAACUCUAGAAUAGAGUUCAGUGGAUUGUCUGAAGCUAAUGAAUCAGGACCGUCUACGUCAAGAACAGCCAGGAAAGACUCAGAUGGUAAGUUCGAAGGUUUUGCAUUGUUAUUAAGGUGGUUUGAACAUGGGUUUUUUAGUGUUUUGCUUUGUGUUCUCAAGAUGGAUCUCUAUAAUUAUACGAUGUUCGGAUUUCAGAUUCACACAUAUGCGAGUUAAAACAUGGAGCAAGUCAAGUCAUAGAUUUGUUUAUUCCGGUGUCAUUAUGCAUGUUGGCCGUGAUUUUGUCAAUGAGGUCAAUUGGCUACUUCACUCGACCUGAUGGCGUGUAUAUGUAUGUUAAUAUAUUCUUUUUACUUUCUGUGGUUAUGAGUGGUUUUAGCAGAGGUAGUUAUUAUGGUUGCUGCUUUUUAAAGUCUAUUGCACUAUGGUAGAUUAUAAUUUAUAGGAUAUACACUCCGUUCACAAAACCAACAGAAAGUGCUGGUGAAUUGUUCAUAAUGUCGAUUGGCAAUGCGCUUACGUUGCUGGGUGUUGUGAUGGUAAUGACAUGUGGCUUGUAUCUUCUCUAUAAACACCGUUUUUACAGAGUAAGUUUAUGUUUUUAUUACUGAAUUUAACUUUUAGGUAAUACAUGGAUGGCUAUGUUUGAGUACCGUGAUGCUGCUGGGGUUCUUUUCUUCAAUGUAUUUUGAGUAAGUCGGUUGAAAGUUAACUAUUGUUGGCUAGAGGGUAUAUAUAUUAAUAUAGGACAUAGUUUUUGUUUUAUGGUACUAUAGCUUUAAGGAUUUGUUUUUUUUAGUGUUUUACUUUAUACCUGCUUUUUCAGAGAGUUACUGAAGAAUUUCAACGUAGGUGUAGAUUACUUAACUUUUCUUCUUAUUGUAUGGAACUUUGCUGCUGUUGGUAUUAUUUGUGUACACUGGAAAGGGCCGUUCCGAAUGCAACAGGUAGGUUUUGUCCUGAAUAAUACAUAUUACCAUAAUUCUAAAAAUUAUCAUAAAACAACAAGUUUCUCUUUUGCUCUUAUAUCUUAAAACUUAAAAUUGGUUAUUUUAGGGCUAUCUGAUCAUAAUGUCGGCAUUAAUGGCUUUGGUUUUUAUUAAGCAUUUGCCUGAAUGGUCAGUUUGGACAGUUUUGGCCGCUUUAGCUAUAUGGGACUUGGUUGCCGUUCUUUGUCCUCUGGGACCUUUGAGAGCAUUAGUGGAAACGGCACAAGAAAGGAAUGAACCUAUAUUUCCAGCUCUUAUUUACUCUUGUAAGUUCAGUUACAUAUAUAUUUCUUUAAUUUUAUUUCUACAAUUGGUUUAUUUUAUUUUUACGAUUAAGUGACGAUGUUUUAUUUGUUCGAUUUUAGCGACAAUGAUGUACAUGGCUUCUGUAUCUGCGCCCACCUUCUUCUUGGGUUUGAGUGGGGAAGAUAAUGGCAAUCAGCCCUCUUCAGUAGACGUUCCUCAAAACAUUCAGCCAUUGACAGACAGAGGACAACGCAUAGCUCCGUUAAGAGGUCAACAACAAAGCACUCCACCACGUCCACAAGAAAACACCCAACAACGUCCACAACAAAACACAUCUACAACCAGUCAGGGUCAGCAGCGACGUGAACGUCAAGAACAACCACAUUAUCAUGAAGAAGAAGAGAAGGGCGUCAAGCUGGGAUUGGGCGACUUCAUCUUCUACAGUGUCUUGGUAGGCAAAGCGUGUAGUUACGGCGAUUGGAAUACCACAAUAACUUGUUAUAUAUCGAUUCUACUCGGUCUCUCCUUUACCUUGAUGUUGUUGGCGAUCUUCAGGAAGGCGCUCCCUGCCUUGCCCAUAUCUAUCUUUGCUGGUAUAGUAUUUUACUUUGCGACAUAUGGAAUAAUCACGCCGUUUAUGACUGAAAUAUCUGUCAGACAAUGGGUAGUGUAA